ACGUCCUAAUAACAAGCCCCAUGAUUGGUCAGGUACCUCACGGCUAGGGGGUAACAUUUGUGAAUGGCUUCAUACUGACUGAGACAUGAAAUGAUUUAUAAUGUUUUAUCAGCACUUUAUGUUGUUUUUAUUUAAUUUGAAGUUUUCAAGGACUGGAUUAUAACGGGGAAAAGAUGUCCGACGCUGAAGGAGCUCGCACGCGAGACCAGCUGAAUAAAUUCGAGAAGCUAACACACAGGCCGCCACACGGGGAGACGUUAGCAGGCCACCGCACUCCCCCUGCCCGCAGUGGGCAUCGCUGUGUUGCCGACAACACAAACCUUUAUGUUUUUGGAGGGUACAACCCUGACUAUGAUGAAUCAGGAGGCUCAGAGAAUGAAGACUAUCCACUGUUCAGGGAGCUGUGGAGGUACCACUUUGCCACGGGCUGCUGGCAGCAGAUUCAAACAGAGGGCUAUAUGCCCACAGAGCUGGCAUCCAUGUCAGCUGUUUUGCACGGAAACAACCUCCUGGUGUUUGGCGGCACCGGGAUCCCCUUUGGAGAAAAUAAUGGCAACGACGUACAUGUUUGUAACGUGAAGUACAAGCGGUGGUCACUGCUCAACUGUCGGGGGAAGAAGCCCAACAGAAUCUAUGGACAGGCAAUGGUUAUUAUAAAUGGCUUUCUGUACGUAUUUGGAGGGACAACGGGCUACAUCUACAGCACAGACCUGCACAGGCUGGACUUGACCACCAGGGAGUGGAUUCAUCUCAAGCCCAACAACCCUCCUGACGACCUGCCUGAGGAACGUUACAGGCAUGAAAUAGCACAUGACGGACAGAGGAUCUACAUUCUAGGAGGAGGAACUUCCUGGACAUCUUACCCUCUGGACAAGAUACAUGCUUACAAUCUGGAGACAAAUUCCUGGGAGGAGAUUACAACUAAACCUCAAGACAAAAUAGGGUAUCCUGCUCCCAGGAGAUGCCAUAGCUGUGUACAAAUUCGAAACGAUGUAUUUAUCUGUGGAGGCUACAAUGGGGAAUUGAUAUUAGCUGAUCUGUGGAAGAUCAACCUGCAGACUUUCCAGUGGAGUAAACUACCAGCAGUGAUGCCUGAGCCGGCGUACUUCCACUGUGCUGCUGUCACUCCAGCUGGCUGUAUGUACAUCCACGGUGGUGUGGUGAACAUCCAUGAGAACAAGAGAACUGGCUCUCUGUUUAAGAUCUGGCUGGCUGGGCCCAGCCUGCUGGAGCUCUGCUGGGAGAAGCUACUCAAGGCCUUUCCCCAUCUGACUUCACUCCCCACAAUGCAGCUGCUCAACCUGGGCCUCACACAGGAACUCAUUGAACGCUUGAAAUAGGCCGCACAGUGGAGGAUGGACAAAUACAUGGACGGGCCGGGAGGAGACGAGGUCUGACAGAGCACAGAAUUUGAUUCAUAGCUAAAUUCUCGGGAAAAUGCCCUUUCCUUCCCCUACCUAACGUAGCCCGCCUUAAAACUAAAAACAAUGGGAUGCCUUUUUUUUUGUCCUUAUUUCUUUCGCAGUUUUAGUAAUAAUAAAGAAAGUAAAUAUGGAAUGUUUAAUGGAUUUUACUCAACCCCCCCCCAGCCACCACGGUUCCUUACAUGAUGCCUUUGUGUCAAGCUAAAUCCUGCUCCUCAUCCUCCACCCUGUGACAACUGGAAAUACUUUACUUUGCCAUGUCUUGUCUUCAGCAACCCGCCCCAUGAUAAAACAAACCUACCUUCUCCAGUACUUUUAAGAAUUCUGUGCAAAGGACGAAUGCAUGUGUAUUUAUUUGAAGGACUAAAUCAGUUUCCCUGGGGGUAUUCUCACCCCCCGGUAUUGCUGUUUGCACUUUGUCUUACAUGCUUGUAGACAUUUUCUUUUUUUUUAUAGAUCCUAUAAGCAGCUCACCUUCAGUCAAAAUAAGUGGCAGACAGGGGUUUUGCUAAAGACCAUGCCAAUGUUUUUGCACAUUUUAGCCAACUGAAUUCAAAUCUCAUGUAUGAUUUGUUUUAGGUUUUUUUAAAUAUGUUUGCAACCUUCCAAGCAGCCUUUUUAUUUGCUAUAUCUUUAUGGUAUGAGAUCAAGCAAAACCAGUGUUCGUCUAGAGGGAAGGAAAAACGUUUUUUAAUUUUAAAGUUAUGGUCUGCCUUGAAAAUGAUCAUGAGUAAGAUGUUGUAAGAUAGGUAAGACAUACAGGAACACUGUAUGCUCUUAGUUUGUGAAGGAAAGGUUGACUUCAGGGUUUGCCUGUCUCUGAGCCUUGUAUUUCCUGUUUUCUCCAUCAUACAUUUACAGCCUAGACGCAAAAACAGUCUGCAAAAAAGUUCAAAACCAUUUACUUUCUCCCUGUUUGCUUUCUCAUUUGUAAACCAAACCAUGCAACACAUCACUGUGAAUUUGGUGCUCUUCGAACUUAAUUGGAAAUGCUUUUAUCAAAUAAAGACUUAAUUGUG